ACACAAAAAAGUUUGAAGAUAAGCAACUUGUGGAAGGCUUGUGGCACACACCAGUUGUAUUAUCUCCAUAUACUUUGAUCGAUUCCUUCAUCCUCACAGAAACCACUCAACCAAAAACUAAAAACUUAAGUUUCCAAAAAUGGCUUCCUUGAACAUGUUCCUUGCUCCGGCCACCAUAUCGACGACCGUCAGCAGCAGUACUAGCAGCAUCACCACCACCACCACCAGCAUCGCCACCACAAGAGCAAGAAGAGUACAGACCUUCGCUACAGCUGCAAAAGGUUCCGGUGGAAGCAGUGAGGAGAAGGGGUUUUUCGAUUUUCUUAUGGGUGCACUGGUGAAGUUCGAUCAGCUGGUGGAGACUGAUCCAAUUCUCCAGAAGGUGGAGGGCAAGAGUGGUACCACCACCAUUUCCAGUAAGAAGACCACGACUUCGGCGGCGCCACCAAAGAAGGAUGCUGGAAGCGGUGGCUUUGGUGGCCUUGGUGGAUUCUUUGCUAAGAAAUGAUAUGUGGAUUCUAUCAUGUUAGUUCGGAAUUUUUAUAAAAUUCAGUAUAAUAUCGCAUUUUAAUAUUUGAUUAUAAAAAUAUAAUCUGUCCAAAGCACAUUAAAGAAUUAUGCAUUUCUCGAUUUUGCUAUA